AUGGGUAUACCGCACUUGACGCAUUCGCUGUCGCCCUUUGGCGACAAAGUGGUCCUACCACAGCAUCCUGCCGACCACGAGAAUGCAAUCAUCGACGGCCCGAGUCUGGCAUAUCAUAUCUUCUACGUGUGCCUGUCACGUAGGACGAAUGCAAAGAAUGCUUUCGAAGCGACUCCCACAUAUCAAGAACUAGGCCAGGCCGCCAUAAAUUUUCUUGAGCAAAUCGAGCAAUACGGACUAAAAAUGUAUGUCGACCACCAAGGUCUGUUCAAAGUAAGUGGCUGA